CCAGGGCAUCCAAUGAGACGUUUGCUUCCCGCCAAAGCAAGUAGUAAAACCAACUUUCAAAUUUUAAUUACAACAAAUGGACAAGAAAUGAAUAUGUGCUUUACUCAUUCCACCCUGCCCAUUGGUCCUGUAUUUAGUCUCCCUCCCUCACUCUUCAACACAAUCAUCCAUCAAACAUGGAGGUCAAAAAUCCCGAGGAUCUCGUUUUCUCGUCUACAGAAACUGACACCCACCUCAUCCUCACUUGCAAUCUCAAAGGAUAUCAGGUGCUGAAUAUCAGGAUGCUGAUAAGUGGAGAACCGAUCCAGAUUGCAGACAGAAGGGAGAAGGCAAUCAGGCUUUGGGUGCGGGUAUCAGUGGAGGUCCAGGCCGCAUCUGGCGUUAUCAAAUUCAGAAAUUUUUUUUGGAUUCCAGAUGGGGUUGUUUUGGAUCAAGUCAAGACCGAGUUCAAUGAAGAACAAUCGGUUUUGAGGGUUCUCAUGCCUAAAUCGGUUAGAGGGGUUAGAGGGGAUAGGGUUGAGGAGAUUCGUAGGGGGCAUAGAACGACUUGGCCUGUACCCGACAAGGUUCCUGAAACAAAGAAGCGUAGAAAGAAUGUGCAGGAGAUGGAACAAGGGAAUAAAGAUGUGCCCCAACAUGAACCAGAAGAAGCUUCUGGUGUGACAAUGACACAUCCGGAGGAAGAGCCUACCCAUCAGUUGAAUCAAAGAGAUUUGCCAUCAACCCAAGAAACUCCAGCCAAAGAAGAUGCUGAUUUGGAAGCAAAAACCAGAGCAGCAGGGGGGUGUGAACAGGGUCCAGAAGCAGCUGAAUCAACAAAAGUUGAAGCAGAUCAAGCAACUCAACGAGCUCAGGUUGAAGAAUAUAAUGCCCAGGCGCAGCUCAAACCUAAACAAGAAAAUGAUCUAACAGAACCACUGAAACCUGAUCAUCCUGAAGAAAAAGUUGAUAACAGAAAGGGCUCUUUGGCUCCUCCCAAAAAGUGUAGGCCAUGUAGUCUAUGUUUGUUCGCAGGAUCUGCCAUCCUUGUAUCAAUUGUAGCGCUUGUCAUUCACUUUAGACGACCUAAAAGAAAAUGAAUUGACUUCAACUUUAUUUGGUUUCUUUUUCUUUCCCUUUUCUUACUGAUCAUAAAUAAAUAUAGAUUGAUUGGUUGGGAGGAAACACAGUGGAGGUGGGGCUAUUUGCAGCUGAAAUGAGGAGGCUAAUUUGCAGCCGGAACUAUCAACUAUGGUUUGAAUCUAAAAUAGCUUUUAGGAUUUGGAUCUAUUCCAGUCUUUUUGGGCUUCCAAAUGGGCUUAGCCCACUCCAUUUUGGACCCAACCUUGGCCCAAUCAAGGUCCAUUUUCAGCAAUAACCUAAAUCCAUGGCCCUGUUUGGCACCUUUCAAGUGGAUGGAAAAAUGAU